AUGGGCGCCACCGUCUUCCCCCACUCCCUGGCCUCGCGCGGACCCGCUGCAGCCCUCCCCCGAGCCUGCGCGUCCUCCACCAUCCGCAUUAACCCCGCCUGCGUCGCCAACCCCACCGCCACCGCCGCCAAGAAACCGAAGCGGCCAGGGUCGUUCGACUGCGGGGAUCCGCCGGCGAAGCGCGUGCCCGGUGUUUCCGGCAAGGUCGAGCCCGAUGCCAGGACCAAGAAGAGCCCGCGUCCCUGCCCCGUCAGCGACGAGGAUCCGCGGAGCUCGCUGCCCCGCGGCGUCCAGGCCUCCCGCGUGGCCAAGAACCAGAGCAGCGCCUCGCCGACUCGUCCUCCCGAGCUCACGGCGCCACCCAAGCCUCCAGCCUGCAGCAUGCGCGAGCUCCUCCAGAAGGCCCGGCUUGCCAAGAACCCCGGCAGCGCCUCUCCGCCGAAGCCGGUUGCCUGCGGCGUGGGCGAGCUCCUCGAGAAGACCCGUCCCGCCAAGGUUAGUCCUGCUGCUGCCGAUGCUGAUGCUCAGCCUGAGGCCAUCCACCGGCGCGAGAUCGAGCGGCGGAGGGCCGAGGCCCGCCGUGAGCUGGGGCAGAUGGUUCGGACGGUGGAGUUCAACGACGCAUUCAUCGAUCCCCAGGACGUGCUCAGGUGA